AUGCGGAGGAAUAAAAGCACAAAAUCUGAGGAAUCACCAUCGUCGAAGUCGAUGCUGCCCAUUACAGCCUCACCAGAGAGGGACGUCCGAGUGACCAUCAAGUGUUUCUGCAUGCCUGAGGAGAUGCUCAACUACGCCGCGAUGACAGCCGAGGAGGCCUUGAGGCAGUUUUCAACCCGCAAAGACGUUGCGGCCUAUGUGAAGAAGCAGUUCGACGAGAAGUACGGUCCUCUGUGGCACUGCGUAGUGGGACGAGAUUUCGGCAGCUACGUCACACACCAAGAACUCGGUUUCAUUGUCUUUCGGAUUGAUCAAUGGGCUUUCCUUCUGUUCUCCACCCGACACUAA